GUCAAGCAAGAAGAAAAAGAUAAAAGUGGAAAGAGUGUAAAAUAAUUACAAACCCCAAGAAAGACUGAUGUUUGGUUAAAAAAGGGGUUUUAUUGCUAAAGUCGUUGCUUUAUAUUGGUAUAUUUCAAAAUUUUGGAGAAUAAGUGAACAAAAGAAAAUUAUUUGAUCGAUUGUCGGAUAUUCCAAUGGUAUGGAUUUGUUGUUGCAACUUCUGAACACAGAAAGUGAAAACUAAUUACAAGGGCAUUAAAUACAUAACGGAAGAUACGCAGAGGAAUACAUAAAGGAAGCGAAUCAGCUGUAAAGGAGCAAGUCUAGUGUAUUUUGAUUUGUUGUUACUGGCUGUGAUAAUUUACUAAACACUGGAGAUUAUAAUUGUAUUUCUGAAGUUUAUUUAAAAAAAGUUUAACACUUCUUGUAUAUUACGGAAUUUCAAGCCUUUGCUCAUAUCAGAAAGUGAAGGUAGUAUUAACUACAUUGAACUGUAUGAUAAUUUAUUCAUUCUGCGRCAUCUAUCUAAUCAAAUCAGAGAUAGCUGUUUAUUGUUAUCGACUUGGACACAAGUUCAUUAAUUUUCAAAGCUAAUUAUAUUCAAAAUGCAAUGGAUAACUCACUUAGAUGGGGGACCACGCCGAGUGAAUCAUGCAGGUGCUUGUGUUGGUGAUAGAAUUUACUCCUUUGGCGGUUACUGCACUGGAGACGAUUAUCGUUUAAACGAAUGUAUAGAUGUUCAUGCGCUUAACACCAAUACGUUGCGCUGGUCGCUCGUGCCUCAAAUGCGUGAUGAAAAUGGUUUGCCGUUGAAGUAUCCUGAAGUGCCGUUUCAACGAUAUGGUCACACAGCUGUUUCAUACGGGGAUAAAAUUUUUAUGUGGGGUGGUCGUAACGAUGAUCAAUUAUGCAAUAUUUUAUAUUGCUUUGAUCCGCAAACUAUAAGCUGGUCUCGUCCUGAUGUGAAAGGUGCUGUACCAGGCGCACGUGAUGGUCAUUCAGCAUGUGUAAUCGGCGAUUGCAUGUAUAUUUUUGGAGGAUUUGUUGAGGAAAUAAAUGAAUUUUCAUGCGAUGUACACUGCCUUGAUUUUCGGACAAUGGAGUGGCGAUAUAUACAAACAUUCGGUGCACCACCGUCCUUUCGCGAUUUUCACUCCGCAGCCUCCAUAUAUGACAGGAUGUACAUUUUUGGGGGCCGUGGCGAUAAGCACAGUCCGUAUCAUAGUCAAGAAGAAAUGUACUGCCCAGAGAUAGUGUUUUUAGAUAUGAAAACUAAAAUGUGGCAUAGACCAUCCACCACUGGUAAAGUGCCGGUGGGUAGGCGAAGUCAUUCAAUGUUUAUCUACAAUGGCCUCAUUCAUAUAUUUGGUGGCUAUAACGGUAUUUUGGAACAGCAUUUUAAUGAUUUUUACACAUUUGAUCCAAAAUCCAAUUGUUGGAAUCUUAUAAAACCUUUUGGACUUCCACCAACUGCGCGACGACGACAAGUUUGUAUAGUGAAAGAUAAAAGGAUGUUUCUCUUCGGUGGCACCAGUCCCCAUCCUCAUGACAGCUUAUUAAUAGACAAUAACGACACACAUCUCUUAGACUUUGAGCCUACUCUACGUACAUUGGCAAUUUUAGCUGUAAUAAAUCAUCGUUUGGAUACGACGUGGCUGCCUAAAAAGCUCAAAGAAGAAAUACGCUUAAUGACGCAGCCGAACUCCUUAACUCGGCCACUAAACCAUGCUGGUUAGCUGAAAAUGCAAUAAAUAAUAUUCCUGACAUUCAUUAUAUAAAACUGUCCUAGAAACCAAGCGUGCAAAUUCUCAUCUACUUACAUACCUAUACACUACCAAGAAUUAAUAGGAAAUCGAAAUAAUGGAGAGAGCAGAAAAGCAGCAUUUUAUAGAGCAAAAAUAGCUUAGCUAUAUAUCAUUCGCACUGUUCCGCAUUUAUUUUUGUUUUGCACAAAUUUUAAUUUUUUCUUUAAUUAUUGUUUUUCGCACAAUGUUCAUCUAAAAUUUAACAAAGCAUACAAUGGAUGUGUUUAGUUUUGUAGUGUUUUUUCUACGUUUCUCCUCAAGUUCAUCGAGUUUUAAAUGUUACUAGCCUUUUUUCUUAAUUACCCAGUGCUUGUAUGAGUCACAUGUUUACGUAUUGACUUGGUUUAGUAGUGUAUGUAGAUAUUAUCCUUAUAGAAUAUAACAUAAGAAUGAAAAGGAAAUCAAAAUACUUUACAACGACAAACAGAAUACGUAAAAACUACCUACAA